AUGUCAAAUAUAGAAGAUGACGAAAUACCUACAGCAGAGAAAUUAGAGUCCAAUAAGGAGCUAAAAGAUGAAAUUGAAUUAGAAGACGAAAUACAACAAGAUUGGAAACAAUUUACAUCAAAUACUAAAACAACAUCAAAUAAUAAAUCAUUAAUACCCAAAAGAGGAGAAAAAGAAUUUGAACCAGAUGGAACAACAGUACAACUUACGUCUUUACAAGAAUCUCAAAAUGCCAUGUAUUUGGCCUUGUCUCAAGAUCGUGGUCAUCAUUAUUCAAAAAGAUUAGUUGGGAUUUGGAUCAAUUCUAUUCAUCAAUGUAUUAUUCUUAAUGUGAAAGGUAAUUUUUUCAAAGAUAUGGGGAAAGUCAAAAAUGAAAUCAUGUACUUGAAUGAUAUUGAGACUGUUUACUUAGUUGAAAGAGGUAGUCUAAUACUUUAUUUAUCAAAUCAAGAAGUAGAGGAAAUGCUUAACAAAAAUGAUCUAAAAAGUUUAAGAAGUUACAAUAUUGAAGAUAGUUUGUGGAGUUUAGAUUUAGAAUAUCUAUAUUGCUUGACAAAGAUUGAUGUUGCAAAAUAUCAAAUUUAUGCAUAUUUAAAAAGACUUGGUUACAUACUACUAGAAGCUAGUUCUGAUAACGUCAAAAAGAGUGAAUCAACUAUAGAUCAAACAGGUAAAAUUACACAUUCAAUCUUUGAUGUUUCAUUCUGGUUACUACCGAGAAAAUGGGGACUUUUACCAUACCCAGCUUUGCAUUCAUUACAUUUCAAAACUAAAUGCUACUUUAAUUAUACAAAUAUUUUCAAAUCAAUUGCAUUAAACAUUCAACAAAUCGAUCCAAAACCAUCAAAAGAUGAACUAAAUAUAACUUACAACGUAUGGAGACCAACACCACAAUUUUCCAAAAAAAACCCUCAUUUACCAGAUUAUCAAUUAUGUGUGAUUGAUUCAUCAAAAAAUCCAGACUACUUGACAUUCAACCAGAUCAAAGAUCUACAAUCAAAAUUAUUAAAACCAAAAGAUUCCGAAAAACCAAAACCUAAAAAAUCAACCAAGACCCAAACGUCAUCAAAAGUGGGAGAGUCCAAAAGAGAGAUUAGAGCAAAGAAAGCAGAAGAAAGAAAUAAAAAAUUAGAUAAAUCGAUUCAAUUAAGAAAUACAUACUUAAAGCAAAGAGAUGCUGGAUUCAAAUAUGGUUCUAACCCAAUAAUUAUUGGUAUUUAUAACUAUGGUAUAUUAAAUUUUAUUAAUAUUUCUACCGGUAAUUUUAAUUGUGAGUUCAAUUCAGAGAAACUAGAUGCAAUUUAUCCAGAUAGAGAUCAUUCAAUAAUAUACAAUGAAUUUUAG